GUAACGCACACACAGAACUAAAAAAAACCUUCAUCAAAACGAAAGUUUUCAACUGACGUUGUUCGAAUGUAUUGUGGAAGUGCUUGUUCCUUACGCCAACAAGCAAGUGAUUGAUGCUACAGAUUUAACACAGCAACACUGCUUAGAAGUUUGCAGUAACAUCCACGUCGACCCACACUAAAGUAGCAAGAAACUUAAACAAUAAAGCACCAAAGAUGACCAUGGUGGGAGGACACAUUGCUUGCGGCAACAUUGCUGCAGGUAUUGCCAAAGCACGGCUAGGUGAAGAGAGAAAACAAUGGAGAAAGAGUCAUCCAUAUGGAUUUGUUGCCAAACCUACCAAGAACCUUGAUGGAACGAUGAAUCUUAUGAUUUGGGAUUGCGCAAUUCCUGGAAAGAAAGGGACACUGUGGGAGAAUGGUUUGUACAAAUUAAAAAUGAUCUUCAAAGAUGACUACCCAUCGUCGCCGCCAAAAUGUAAAUUUGAGCCUCCAUUGUUCCACCCUAACGUAUACCCAUCUGGUACAGUAUGCUUGUCAAUAUUGGAUGAAGAGAAGGACUGGAGGCCUGCAGUUACAAUAAAACAGAUUCUCACAGGCAUUCAGGAAUUGCUUACAGAGCCCAACAUUAAAGAUCCAGCACAAGCAGAAGCCUACACUGUAUUUAGUAACAACAGGACAGAAUACAAUAAGAAAAUUAAAGAACAAGCGGACCGGUUUGCUCCUAAAUCCUAAGCUAAGAACUGUCAUCAUGUCCUCAUCCCGUUUCUCAGUUUUCAUCCACGCCAUCACAAAGUCAUCUUCGCCAUGUUGGCUCCUCAUCAUCAUCACAGGCGGAGCAAAACUGCUGUAUUUUGGUAUCGAUACAGAAGACUCUGUUCCUGUAGUUAAUUUUAAAAACCGAUGGCCUGUCUCUCGUCGUACAGGUGAAAGUUUUCUACAAACUCCAACCUUGCAUAAUUAAAACAAAACGGACUUUUCUGUCUCAAAUUGAUGCAGUUAUCCCCACAAGAGGAAGUCCAUUCUCUGGUGAAACCAGAAACUUUUGAAGUUUUUUGUAAAAAGAUAAUGUACAAGAAAAAGUAACAAAUAUUUUAGCCGAGAGACUUCUUUGUACCAGUUAUGUUUCCUCAUUUUGCUGCUUAGCACAAUUUCGUCUUUUGAAAUGUGUCUCAAUUUCAAAUGGAUUCCAGGUACAUUUCCAGCUUUUCAAGACCUGAAAAAAACGCUGAGCAUGCUGUCUUUCUGUUAUCCAAAGCUCUUUGCUUGUAAAUAUAAGUCCGCUUUUCAGCCGUAAAAUCUGGUGACUGGUGCUACAUGGUCAAGCUCACUGUGGGCUGAAAUCAUAGUCAAGCAUGUAU